AAUUGUUUGAUCUUGUCUCCUUUUCAUCCUCCCAAAUCAUUUACUUUUUUCUUGAGAUUUUCAAUUUUGUUGGGUUCAUAAACAUAAACCCCCUCUAAUUCUACUCCAAAUAACUUCAUGUUUAUCUGAAAGUCCGAAACUGUAAGUUCGUUUCGUCGUUCACAUCUCACUUCUGUAUCAGAAUACAAUCACAAGUUUCGAAUUUUCGAAGACGUGUUUUAAUGGUUUUGUGAGUUGUGGAUUGAUCGAGAUUUCAGAUUAUGGGUAUUGUUUUAUUUCGAAUUUCCUAAAAGGGGAAGGCUAGAUUAUAUAUGAAAAUCAUCAUCAUAUCAUACUUCUGAUUAUUGCUGUUGUGAGAUACGAAAAUGGAGGGAAAAGAAAACAUAACUGAGUACAGAGAUAAACUGGACAAAACACUCAAGUCCGAUGAUCUUUGCAACGUGGAAUUUCUCAAAAAGCUUGUUGAGAAUCAACUAUCGAAAUCAUCACAACAUGAAGAUCAAGAAUAUAGUGAUAAUUUAGUUCAAAAAAGAACCAAAGAAGUGGCCAAUUUCAUUGGUAUGCUUAGAAGCACUUCAGGAAGUGUCGAUGAAGUAUCACAUAAUGGUUGGAAAAUAAAACACGAUAAUCAAGAUUGCCGUGUUAUGUAUAGAGAGGGGCCCACAGGGACUCCCUUUCAUUCAUUACUAGCAGAAGGAUACGUAGAUGGGCCUCUAGAUGUUUGCAUGUGCAUAUCAUGUGAGGCAAGCCUCUACCCAAAAUGGUGGCCUCAAUUUAAUAUCCCGACUUUUAAGGUUACAUCUUCGGAAAUUGUGAAGAAGAUUAGAAUGGGUGAACAAAUAUCUUUAGUGAGGAUGAAGCUUUCAUGGCCAUUAUCAACAAGAGAGGCUUUAGUUCAUUAUGUUACAAUUGAUUACUUCCAAGAUGGCCUCAUUAUAGUGCUCCUGAACUCGAUUUCUGAGACAGAGAUCAUUGAUAUAGACACUCAUGGGUUUACUAAAGAUGGUAUACCGGAUGUUGAAAAUGUUACUAGGAUAGAUAUUGUAGGAGGUGUUGCUAUACAAAAAGUGAGCACAAAUAGAAGCUAUUUUCGGACGAUUGCAAACAUGGAUAUAAAACUUGAUUUUGUUCCUCCAACAAUUAUCAACUUUGUUUCAAGACAACUUAUAGGUAGCGGAUUUAAGCUCUAUAAAAAGGAAGUUGCUUCUGUGUGCAAAGGUGAUGAAGAUUUUAGCAUGGCUUUAAAAGAUCCAUGUUAUCAUCGAAUUCGUGAAGCACUUUAUUUAGAAAACAAUGAACAAAAUGAGGUUUCAAAACAAGAAGACAUUAAGAUUGUUCAUGAGAUUUUAGAACAACAAAGAGAUGAAGAUAUCAAAGAAUUGAAAACUCAAAACCCCGUUUGUGAAAUCGAGGAGAUUGAAGAAAGUGAAAAACCACAUGAAGAUAGUAAUAAUAAUGGGAAAGAAGUAAAUGAGGAUUCAAACAAAAAGAUUAUUGUUGGAAGAAAACAAGUUAUUAUAAGUCCAGAAGUGAAUCAAGCUUUAGGAACAUUGGAAAAAGUUAUUUCUAUCUUUAGAGAAAUUGGAUUCAAUCCAAGAUCCAUGUCUUUAUCCCGUUUUGCUAACAAUUUGUUUGCUGAUCUUGAAGACAAAAAGUCAAACGAUUCUAAACGUUUUGUAACACAAGUCAACGAGUCAACGUUAAAAUCCUCACAAGAAUCAAGAAAUGGUUUUGAUGAUGAUGAAGAUACACCGAGUUCUUUUUCUUUUGUUAUAAAUGAGGCGAUAACUUCAACAUUAGCAGAAAAAGAUGCCAUUAAUGGAGAGGUGAAGAACAUUGAUGAAAGUGGUAUUUCACAGAAAAAGAUGAAGAAACAAAGAUUUUGCUGCAUCAGCUUCACUUCUGGAGGUGUUGGUUGAUAGAUUGUUAUUUGAAUCUAUACGGGUUUUAUAUACGUAUAACAUAUUCAUACAUGAUACAUUUGUCUAGUGUUUUUAUAAAUAAAACUAUGGUAGGAACGAGAAUUUCUUUUCGAAAAGUUGUAACUAUAGAUUAUUGUUGUUUUUUUAUAUGUUGUAUUGUUUAGAUAUAAAAAUAUGAAAGAUUAUGAGGAAAAGUGGUUGUUUUUGUA